AUGAAGAUUUUCAUCCUACUUUUCAACGUCUUUUUGUGUGUCGAAGCUGGGAAAGGUUCGGGUGAGUGUCGGUUUGCAACCAACAAUGAUUUGGAAGCAAAAUGUCCUCAAACAACCACCGGGAGGGACACUUUGCAACCAAUACGGACAAUGGUUGCAAAGUGUCGCUCAGUUGCAAAACGUCUUCACGUGAACUUGCAGCCAAAUCGCCGCUGGGCCUCAUCGUCGACGACCUCUCGAUCCUUGCCCGAAUCACCAACGCCAUCUCGCUGCAAGCGGCUUCCCAUCGCAAAAUCGUAAAAGUUCAAGACGUGGCCGCCGAAUUUCUGGGCAUCCGAACCUCCGACCUCGAGAUGAUCGCCACGACGAACCCGCACAACAUUCGAGAAAACAUUGACGGACUGCACGAAAAAUGCGCCGAUUCGGCGAGACGGAAGCAGUCGGCAAACGUGGAAUUGGGUCGGAUGGUCGAUGUGCUCGACACGUGGAAGAAGGCGUUGAGCAACAGGAAAAUGCUGGAGAUGGAAGCCAAAUCGAGGCCUUCUCGGUUCAUUCGCGUCAUGAAAAACGAGUACAAGAUCCGCGAAUUGUUGUUUUGUGAGCAGGAAGCGGUCGAGGCGGCCGCUGCGAUCCACAAAAAUCUGUUACGGGCGAAUAGGCCGAGACCGUUCAGAGUUCGAAAAGUGUACGAGAGGCUGGCGACGCACGCACCGACACUGCUGAAGUGUAUCGAAAAUUAUGAGGUGUACAAUCGCACGUCGCCCAACUUCGAUCUCAUAAUUGGAUUGUAUCGUCUCAUGGACUUGGACAACGUCUUCUCGAUUGUCAAGAACUUUCAAGGACCAUUUCGAAAGCGAUUGAAGGGAUUCACGCAGAAAAUGGGCGUGUUGAUGCACGAUUUGAAAGAAUCCGACAAUAUUUGGGAGAACCGAACGGACCAUGGUCUCACACCGAUCUUCGCGACUUUUCAACAAGUGGCGAAGAGGAAACAAGACAAAAUGCCGGAGACUCUCAAGUACACGGCCGGAUUUGAAGAGGUCGGCGACUUGGCCAAGGUGUCCGACGAUCUCAAAAGUGAGUGGUUCACCGAGAAAGUGUCCAGAGGAACGAGCGCUCGGGAGUUGGAACACAGUCUCGACGCGUUCUUCAAGUUUGAGAAGAAAAUCAUGGCUUUGGAGCUCUCCUGGAGCACUUCUUUCGCUCAUUUCACAAGAAACUCGAAGCUCAUCGAAGCCGCCGAGCUGGAUUUAAACAAAGUGGUGACCUUCCGACCGGCUGACCAUUUCGACAAGCUUCAACGCUCCCAAUUGGCCUAUGAAACGUGCUGGAAUGUGACUGUCGACGUGGCAAACGCGUCGGUCUUUGAAACGUUCGAGGAAGGAAUGCGAGCGCCCUCCGAGAUUCCCCACUUGGCGCAAAUGAUCCGAACGUUCGGACGAAUGGUCUCCACGACCACACACUUUGAGAGUUGGAGCCAGAUUCUGAAGCAGAUGCACAACGAUCUAGACUCGAAGAUCAAGAGACUGAGGGACGACGACGUGGCGAAAUUCGAAAAAUCAUUGAAAAAGUCGGAGCACUUUCCGACGCUCGUGACCGCUUCCGCCUCGUUCCGCAACCUGGCCUCCAUACAAAACAGAUACUUGAGUCGGAUUGAGAAGAUCAAAGCGUCGAACAUUACGGCGGAAACCUUUGAUUUGAAGGACUUUCUCGCCGAAUCCAAGUUUCUGCGCGCCGUCAAAUGCCUCACUACCUCUUCGCACUUUCACAUUUCCAGCAUCGACGACGUCAUCGACAUCUUGACGUACACUGGUCAUUUUGUAUCGUCAAAAGGCCAGUUGGCCGCUACUCGGAAGUUUUUGGAAAACGUCGGAAAAGUGAAGAACGACGUCGAAAGGAUGAUGAAGAUAAGGGAAAUGAAGGAAAAGAAUGGGACCGCGCGCAUUCUCGACUUUAAAAGUUCGGAGGACUUGGCGUUGAGCAUCGGAAUGGGCGUCGCGGCUCUUCGCCAGUUCGACCGAACCUACGAGGCCCGAGAGCACAUCCGAAAGACCAUGAUCCUAGACCCAUCGGUCGUUCCGAUCAUCAAACGGUUCCCGUCGGUUGACCGCAUUUGGCUGAAACUCAACGGACAACUCCAGAAGCUUCUCGACGAUUUGGACCGUCUCGUGUCGAUUGCCGGCAAACUGAAGGGAAAAGAGGUGACGGAGAUGAAGGAAUUGUUCGAAGCGGCCAAGCGGAUCCACGGCUUCUCGGUGGAUCCGUCGGCGCUUCGAGACCUCGCCAGGGCUCUGGAGAAUGCGAGAAAGCGCGAUUUGGCUGAGAACUUUCGACAAAUAUCGCAGCUCAAGUUGGAUUUUGUCAAAUUCGAGGCCGAUUUGACAGGGGCAGCCGCCAGUUUGAGCUCCCUUCGGCACAACUUUGACGAGCUCUUCGGACUGGCCCAAAAGGACCGGAAUAGACGGAAGUGAGCUGGAACCGUGUUGAGCAUUGAAUAAAAACCUUUUUUCAGAGUUCAAAAGUACAGCAUCUUCACCAUCAUCGGAGUGUGCCUCGGAAUCGUUGUUCUCAUCCUUCUGGCGGUCGUCAUCGGAUACGGAUUCACAAAAAGCGGAAGGAAAAAGUAUAGGAACUGGUACUUGUACUACUUUCCGAAUAUGGACGAGUUCGAGCGACGGUGGAGAUACUCGGUCGGUUAUUUUCUCAGAAUCCGAUGAUAUCAGUCAACUUUCAGAUGUUUAUGGACAAACUGGACGGCAAGAACGCCCUAGCGGAUGCGGUCCUCGAAGCGAAUCCCACAAAUGUGCUGAGAGCACUCAAAAAAGGAGCCUACAUCUCCGUGUUUGACAGUAACCUCCUUCAUUUCUGUCCAAAGUGCCCAUUUUGUUGUAGAGUACGGAAACACGCCCCUCCACACGGCGGCGAGCUUGGGCAGCUGGAGAAUAGUCGAAAUUCUGAUCAAGCACGGAGCCGAUCGGACGAUCCUGAACGCGAGGAACCGGACCGCCGAGCAGACGGUCCCGACGGAUUAUCAAGUCGUUUAUAAGGAUCGGGCCGAGAGUUUCGACAAGGUUCUCCAGGUUUUUGAAAAGUAUCGGAAGAAGACGUUCAGGAUUGGUGAGUUUGGAGCCCUAUUGUAUGACUGUUCUUUUUCAGAGGUGCCCGAGGAGUUCCCAGUGAGCUCAUUUCAUAUUUAUAUUGAGCCGAAGACAGAUCCAAAGCUUGGCGAGAUGUUUAUGCAGAAGUUCGAAGCGAUCGUAUGUACCUUCAACUUUUGAUAGUAUUUUAGAACGUUUACUUUCAGAGCACCAUGGAACCCUCGCCGAAUAGCACGCACGUGGUGGUGAAGACGAAUGCGGACGGGAUUCUGGAGACUGACGAUCUGAACCUGCUCGUCUGGAUCUUCAACGGAGCGAUAAUAGUGAAGGAGCAGUGGAUGAGCGAUUGUCUGGCGGACGCGAAAUUGAUCGGAUCGGACGAGAAGUACGUGGUCGAGAGCGUCCGCUACAAGGGACUCGUCUACGAGAACGCCGUCGUUCCGUGGACGACCGCCCUCGCCAAGGGAGCCAUGCCCUUCCUCUACGGCGUUCAUCUCGUCGUCGUCAUGCAAGAGUGCCCGAACCUGUCGCUCAUCUACGAUCUGGCCAGGGCUCACGGAGCAACAGUGCUCGAGCAGUUUCCGCACAAGGACAAGUACAACCGGGGAUCGCAUCCGUACCUCCACUCGAAUCUCGGUCCCAUCUUUAUUCUCCACGACGGACGCGGCGAUCUGAAAGCGUACAGGGAAGACGUGGAUCGCAUGUUCACAGUGUUCACCGAGCAAGAGUUCAUCGCGUUUCUACUCAAAAGGCACGUACACGUGGACACGACAAAGGUGCCUAUUCCGAUUCUUGUGGACUCAUGA